GAUAAAAAAAAAUCCAGGGACUCCCAAUUUUGUAUGUAAUAUAAGCCAAUGAGAGGACUGAAUUUAAUCAUGGGUUUAUGCUUUUAUCAAUGGUAUUUUCUGUAUCCUUAGAAUAUAGAAACCACACAACUUUAUAGAAUACUAAAAUAACAUUUAAUAAAAGUCUGGUACUUGUACAUGUAAUGAAUUUGUUUUUAAUUUUCAUAUUUUAAUAAUAAAUACACAAUUCAUAUUAUUUAAUAUAGAAAUCAAAACAUAUUUUCAUUAAUUAUAGAUUUUAUACUCGUAAAAUUAUACAACAUGGCAUUUCAAAUGUUGACAAAAUGUCGAAUAUUCAAAAAUAUCUUGAAUACAAAAUGUCCAAUAAAUAUAAGGUACUUAUAAUAAUUAAAUUGCUAUUUAAUGAAUUACUUAUUAAUUGAUAUUUACUAAAAACUUGAUUUGUAUUAUGCGUGCAUUACCUAAUUGUUAUUUGUAUUAUUAAAUUUUGAAUAUUUCAGAUCUAAUUGUUUUCAUAUUUCAACUGUUCAUUGCGAUCUAAUGGAAUUUUUUGAUAACAAAAAAAAUUGGGCUGUUGAACAAGUAAAAGUCGGUAGAUCAUGGAAAAAAGACGAGUUGCGAAUUAAGAGUAAUGAAGAUUUACAUAAACUUUGGUAUGUUAAAAUUUUUCUUUUAUUCUUAAUAUGUUAAUAUAUUCAAUACACAAGCUAAUUUGUUUUUGAUAUGGGGUUAAGCCUCUAAACAAUACAUAAUUUAUAAUAAUAUUUUACAUACAUUAAAGACAUUUUUAUUUAGCCGUGAAAUCCAAAGGUUUUACAAGUUCUGAAUCAAUAUUUUUUAAGAAUAAAAUAAUAAAGUAAAAAUAAUAAAUGGUUAAUAGAUACUCGUAAUUAAUACAAUACACAAAUCAUAUAUUCCAUAAAACUCCAGGCUAGUGGUGGAUCUAGGGGAAGUACAAGGGUACGUACCCCCACCCAUCAAUAGAAUACAGAAAAAUUUUGAAAUUGUCAUUUUUUUUUUAUUUAUAUAUUAUACUAUACAGAUAUGAUUUUAAAAACUUAAUAAAUACCUAUAUAACUGUCGGACAGUUUAUUUUGUCGAAUGUCAAAGGCCAUUAUAGAUCUGCAUUUAUGUUUCCCAACAUUGAGUGUCUUCUAAAAAUACUAUGUAUUAUACCCAUUACAACAGCAACUUCAGAACGAUCAUUCAGUUUAUUGAAAAGAAUCAAAACUUAUUUAAGGUCUACAAUUAAUUAGAAUAGACUCAAUGAAUUAUCAAUACUUCAUAUUAAUAAGGAUAUAGCUGUAACCCCGGAAGAGGUAUUGAACAUAUUUGCAAAAAACAUAAAAGAAAAUCUCAAUUACAUUUUUAAUAUUGUGAUAUGAAAUGAUCAUUAUGUUAAUACAAUGUUGUGUAAUUAAAAUGUUUUUUUUAUUUAUAUAUUUUAUAAUUUAUAAUUAAUUUACUAUAAUAUAAAUAAUGUGCCCCCUCCCUUUAAAAAAUGUCUGGAUCUGCAGCUGCUCCUGGCAACACAUUCAUUUAUUUAUUUACUUUUUAAGAGUUCCAAAUAAUGAAAAUAGUAAAUAAUAUAAUAUGUUUUAUAUCAAUCACCUAUAAGUGAUACAUUUUCUUCACACACCUAUGCAUAAAUAAUAUAGUUUGCAAGUUUGACAUUUAAAAAUUGCUAAUUUCCAAUAAUCUAGUCUACAUAAUAUUAUAUUUACUUAAUUUUAUUGUAAAACUUAUAUUUACUAAUUUAUGCCUUCUAUAAUUAAGGUUUGUAUUACUAAAAGAACGCAAUAUGUUGUUAACAAUGGAACAUGAGUGUAAAGCUCAAUUUGAAUUAUUUCCAAAUCCAGAACGUAUUGAUAAGGUAUUGUUUUAUGAAUAUUAUAAAUAAUAGUAAUGUAACCUCUAUAUCGUGUUAUUAUUUAUAAUUAUAUUAUUGAAAGGUUGACGAAAGUAUGCAAAAUUUAGAAACUGUUGUGCGUGAACGAAAUAAAGCUUAUUAUGACUUAGAAGUUGGUGAAUGUGGAGAAAGACCUGGAAAAUUAGUUACUAAUUUAUUGGGUACGUUAUUUAUAUUUUUAAAAAUCAUAUAUGUCUUAAUGAAUAUUGACAUAUGUUAUAAAUGCAUGUACCAAUUAUUCUAAUUCUAAUAUUUGUAACUAACAUUCACAAUAAAUUCCAUUAUAUAAAUCAUUGAUUACCUACAAAUUUAAGUCAUAAAUUAAUGUAUUACAUAUUUUAUUUCAAAAAAUUUAAAAUCACUACCUAUUUAUAUCACAGAAAAUCAAAAUUGAACUUUUUUAUUUUAUAUAUUUUUAUUGUAUUAGAUAUUGUGUAAUUUUAUUUUAAUUUCAGGGGUAAAUUUUUUUUACCGUAAAUUUGAACAUUUAAUACCAAAAUUUUUGAAUUCAAAUUGGAAAAAAAGACAUACACAUAAUGUUGUAAAUGGAAAUAUUGAGAAAUUCCAAAAAUUAUACCGAGAAAAACUGCAUAAUACUAAAAGAAAAAGUAACAAGUAAGUAAUGCGUAAAUUACAUUUUCUUUCAAAUGAAAAUAACUAUCAAUUGCUGUAUUAUUAAAAAUUAAUAUAAACAAAUUGUUUACCAUUGAACUAUUAAAUUAGAAAAAUUGCUUAUCAUAAGUAUUAUUUAUCUUGUUCAUGUACAUAUCUAAAAAGUUGCUUAAUGUAUCUUUUUAAUAUGUUAUUAAAUUAUUAAACUACCCUAAAAAUGUUUUUAAAAAAAAAAAAUUAUACCUUUAUAAAACUUACUGCCCUGCUCAAAAUCUAAAAAUACUAUUGGCGCUUAACAGUACAUUAUUAUUAUUUUAUAUUAACUCUGUAUGUUUAAUAAUUAAUGCUGUCAAAAUUAUAUUUAAUUUUUAACAUAUUUUAUUGAUAAAAAUCAAACAUUCCUGUAAUUAGUCCUUUCUUAAAGAUUUUUAAUUAUUGCAUUAAUAUCUAAUAAUUUUACAUUGUUAACAUUUUAACCUACAUGGCCUUUUUUAAAUUUAUUACGUUCCUAAAUUUGAUAAUCACAUCUAUGUGUAGAUUUUAAUAAAAUUGAAUUAUAAUACUUCACCAUUUUAUUGUUAUGUAAUUUUAUUUUUUAAGCCGUGAUCGAAACCAUGUGAUGCACCUGAUGAAACGAUUUCCAAAUUUGGACAUGGAUGCUGUCAAACAACAAUACCCUACAGUAGAUAUUGAAAAAAUUAAAAAUUACCACAAAGUUCGUGGACAUUAUGUUCCAUAAAAUGUAUAGUAACUGCAUUGUGCAUUGUAAGUGUUAUAAGUAAAUAAAGUAAAUAAAGUAUCAUA